AAUUCAGUUUGUGCUACAUUCGAAAGUUUGCUUACACAAAACUAGAUUCAAAAUUAUCUCUAAGAUCGGCAGAUAACAGAAACAAAAUUUGCUCAGAUUUUUAUCUGCUUGCCCAGAUACAUACUUCAUAAUUCUCAGCUUGGACGAAGAUGCCGCGUCAACGCUCGGGUGGUGCCACAUCCAAGUCUUCAGCCAGAAGCAGCAGCAGCAGCAGUCGCAGCGGUUUCACUCCGUUUACUGGCGCCUCUAACAGCAGAAAUCUGCCAGCUGUGCAGCCCAAAAAGGAGAACAAGCCGGAUCCAGCACCAGCUCCUGCUGCAGCUCCCAGCUCCGGGCGUUCCACAAGCGAUGUGAUGAAGGAUAUGGCAGCCACGGCGGCUGGUGUAGCCGUUGGCUCUGCUGUGGGUCAUGCCGUGGGCGCUGGAAUAACUGGUGCAUUUAGUGGACGUGGCCAGGCGGCAACUGAGCAGCCGGCAGCACAGAGCAAACCACGCAGCGAACUGGUGGAGGAGGGUCCUUGUGCCGCCGAGAUCCGCCAGUUCCUCAAGUGCAGCGAGGAGAACAGCGAUCUGACCGUCUGUCAGGACUUUAAUGAGGCUAUGAAAAGAUGUCGCCAACGCUACAAUAUUUAAGUUUUUGAAUGGCAUGGACAAUUGAUAGGGAGGUAUAGAAAGAGAGGGGAAGAUUAGGAAGGAAGAUUCGCUUUAAAUAAUUCUAAAUUUUGCAAAUAUUUCAAGGUUGCCAAUCAAUUAAACAAUGUUUUGGGGUUAUAACAAAAAUUUGUUUGUAUUCAAAAUAUGAGGUUCUAUAAAGGGGACAAAAAAAAUGGA